GUGAGUACCAUGACGCGGUGAGGGGAGGUUACGCGCCGCCCGGUGAGUGAACUAUGUGUUAUCUGCAGCACAUUGGUGAACAGAGUGGACAUGGUGAGGUGCUAGUGUGGCCGCGGCUCCCACCAACACACCAGAUGUCUUAGCGCUGCCUUAUUACCCCCCCUCUACACCACAUUUACAGACAUAACACCAGAAAUAUUUCCCAAAGACAAAUUUAAAUACCACGAGAAAAAUAUUGGCGUGUUAUUGAAAUAUUGUUGUUGUUGUUGUUGUUGUUGUUGUUUGUGGCGAAGGACGUGCAUGGAGGAGAAUGAUAAAGGAGGUGCAUGGGAAAUAUUGAUAAACAGUGCGUAAGGAAGAGGGAAAUUAAGGAAAAAUAUAUAUGGUGACUUGUUUGUGCUUACGUGUGUGUGUGUGUGUGUGUGUGUGUGUGUGUGUGUGUGUGUGUGUGUGACGGGAUGGCACUACUACAAUGGUUUAUAAGUGACACAAGUGAUACGUGGAAAUAAGUAAGGAUGCUUCAGUUAUAGCACCUACUACAACUACUACUACUACUACUACUACUACUACUACUACUACUACUAUUACUAUGGAUGGUGCCAAGUUCUCCCCAAGACGAAAAAUGUCUGGGGGCGGCGUGGAGGUGUACGGCAGCGAGGCGGACGUGGACAGCGAAGGGGAGGAGGUGAUGGCGCCCCUGGAAGCUCUAGAUGACGCCCAAGCACUCCUGGAUACGUGGAUUGGAGAGCUGGACCAGAUGCAAAUGGGCCUGGAGCAAGUGGGCAGCAAUGUUGGUGUGGUGUCGGGUGUGCAGAGGCGGGAGAAGCCACACCCUCCCAGAAUUGACGCACACCGCUUCUCUCGCGCUAAUCUGGAAGAUUCAGGGGACGUGGAGCUGGACACAAUACUUGGGGAGCUGUGUGCCUUGGAGACCCAGUUUGAGUUUGAGAUAUCCUCCAAGGGCAGCCAGACCCCAGCAGGGCCCGGCGUGCCCCCAAGGACCCCCGCCGCUGCCUCCAGUCUAGCAGACAAAAUGCAACCCAAACAGCAGCAGCCACAGCAGAUGCAACCCCCACAGCUGCACGGCGAGGCACCACAGCAGCAGCAACAGCCACAGCGACAGACACACUCUCGCAGCAACUCUGGGAACAGCAGCAGACCAAAACUGGAGCCGCUGAACAUGGAGAUUGAUGUGUCCGCCACCACCAUGAGCCGCACCGACAGCCCAGACAAUGACUCAGCAUUCAGCGACAAUGUAUCCAUGCUGUCGUCGGAGAGCUCAGCGUCCAGCGGUGCUUCGGGCGGCUCACGACCUGACGCCAAUAAGCACUUGUCUCAGGUGGAGCAGGCGGCCAAACUGAAGGCAGAGAAGAUCAAGAUGGCCCUGGAGAAGAUCAAGGAGGCCAAUGUGAAGAAGCUGUUCAUUAAGGCGUUUACCUCGGACGGCUCCACAAAGUCCCUGCUGGUGGACGAGAAGAUGACAGUUGUGCAUGUGACGCGACUUCUGGCCGACAAGAACCACGUCAGAAUGGAUCCAAAGUGGGCCAUGGUGGAGCAUAUUCCCGAUCUUUACAUGGAGCGCAUCUACGAGGACGACGAGAUGUUGGUGGAAAACCUGCUGCUGUGGACGAGGGACAGCAAAAACAAGCUGCUUUUCUCGGAGCGACCCGACAAGUACGACCUCUUCCUGCGACCCGAACACUACAUCCUCAUUGGCUCGUCCUCGGAGAAGAACUCGGACCUGGAUGACGAGGGCAGGAAUACUCUGGUGGAGGAAUUCUUCUCCAGCACAGGGGUGGGAGUGCCGGAGGUGGAGGGGCAUCUGUUCCUCAAGUCGGAGGGGAAGAAGGUAUGGAAGAAGUACUACUUUGUGUUGAGGGCGUCUGGCCUGUACUACUGCCCCAAGGGGAAGUCCUCUCGCUGCUCCAAGGACCUCGUCUGCCUCACCACCUUGGAAGUCAAUCAGGUGUACUACGGCGUGGGGUGGAAGAAGAAGUACAAGGCGCCCACAGACUGGUGCUUUGCCAUCAAACACCCACACCUCCAGGCCAAGAGCAGCAAGUAUAUCAAGUACCUGUGCUCUGAGGAUCCCGAGACUCUUUCACAGUGGGUCAUGGGCAUCAGAAUUGCUAAGAGUGGGCGGCGGCUGCUGGAGAACUACCGUGCGCUGGUGGAAGACUUGGCCCAGGAGGACAUCGACAUGCUGGCGUCCUCUCGCUCCUUCAGCAUUGCGUCCAUGGCUGGCGGGGGCGGGGGUGGGGCUGGGCCAGGUGGAGGGGGAGGGGGUGGGUCACACGGCACCUCCCAGGCCACCACACCGUCAUCUGAGUCCCGCUCCCUAGACUCCUGCCUGGCCCCCAGCCUGGCGGACGGCGAUGACGACGCGUCCUCCUCGGCCGGCUCGUCGUCGCAGGACACGCCGGUGAACACGCUGGGCCGGCGAACGGAUGGCCCUCACAGCGGCUCCUCCAGCAGCUCUAGCGGGUGUCUGAGUGAGCGCUCGUGGGCGGGCACGCCGACAGGGGAGCAGGGGUUCGAGGCGGAGUUCCCACCACAGGGCACCAUCAAGCGCAAGCCGUCUAACAACCCCAAGCUGCCCCUCACCUCCACCACACGCCUGCUGGUCAAGGAGGUGGAGGGGGAGGAGGUGGGGGAGGCGCGAGGCUCGGCCGUCAGGCAGAGUGUGCGGCGCUCUCUUUCAGAGGAGGUGAGCACACUGAGACGCCGAGCCUCGCAGGGCAGAACUGCCUCCACCACCUCUGUCACACCCAGGGAUGAUGAAGUAGACUCCCUCCCCCUCCCCCCUCCACCCCCUGAGCUGACGGAGUGUGCUGUUGAGACCCUCCCUCCCCCUCCCCCGGAGCUCCUGGCCUCCACCUUAGCCUCAACUCUCUUCCCCACCCCUGAUGAGGCCUCCUCCCCCAUUAACCCCAGUGACCUCAUGAUGGCCAGCAUGACCUCCCUGCCCCCUCCCCUCCCAGCCCACCAAAACCAUCUAGUCCACCCAAGGCAACCUCCCGCCACCCCACCUCCCCAUGCCAGCCUUCCACCCCAUCCCGGUGCACCACACCCCCUCCCCAUGGCCUGCCCCUCCCCACCCAAGCCCAAGGGUGUGGGGUCCCCGGUGUAUCAGGCUGUCAGCCCUCCCAGCGUGGCCCCCAAGCCCCGCAGGGAUUCCGGGGACUCCCCAGCCUAUGCCUCCCCACCCUUCCUGGCCGAGCUCCGUGCCCACACCGCCUCUACCCAUCCCCCUGCUCCCACCUCACCCCCUCACCCUCCUCACCCUCCUCCCCAUGCUGCCACUCUCAACGGUGGCUGGCAUCCUGACUCUCCUCUCCCACCACCCCCACCAACACCCCGCCCACCAGACACCCCACAAAAGGCCCCACACCCACAGCAUCCCCACAUCAACCAAUCUAUGCCCACACCCCACCACACCUCCACAACACCCACCACCACCACCACACCAAACACCACCACCACCACACCCACCACCUCCACCCCACCAGACACCCUACCCUCCUCCUCCACCCCACCAGACCCCGCCCCACCCCCACCCCACCAGCCGGUGUAUGCCCAACCACAGAAGAGUCCACAGAAGAAGGUGAAGCGCAUCACCUUCCUGGACGACGUGCAGAACAUCCCCCCUGCCCCAGAGUCCCCCACUGGGCGGCCCCACUGCCCCGCCGCUCAGACUCCACCCGCCUGAGCAACCCGGGACGCCUGGACAGCCCCGGCAACAAGGUGACGCCGCCGCGGUCCUUCCUGAACAACUUGCAGCGGGUGAUGCAGAAGAAGUGGCAGGUGGCGCAGAAGUGCAAGGACUUUGACAAGAUGCCCCAUGAGGUGCUGGGCUUCCGGGACCCCAUCCUGCCCUCAGAGGCGGAGCGCAAUGUGGGGGCCUGGAUACAGGAGCACUAUGGCAGCCUGUAUGAGAACCUCUCCCCCCAUGGCCUGCACCCUGGGGCAGCCCAGGGGGAGGACCGGCCCAGCCGGGGCCACAGCCACACCUUGCAGCCCUCCCCGCCCCCCCAUAGCACAGAGGACCCCACCCGGGCAGCCCAGACCAUGCCCGGGAGGAAGCGGCCGCCCCCACCCCCGCCCAAACGCUCCGAUUCCACCCACCUCAGCUCCCGGCAAUGACAGCCCAGCCCAUAGCCCUCUUGUUAGUCCCCAGGGUACAGCACCCAGCCUCGCCCCCUUCCCUCCCCUGUCCCACCCUGCCCUGUCCUGCCCCAUCCUGCCCCCACCUGCAGUCUGACUGGGGCCAGCUGCUGUUGCUGCUUCCAUGGCUUGAAAAGUCAGUCAGUCAGUCAGUCAGUCGGUUGCUUUGGUAUUUCCAUUUGAAUAUGAAUUUAUAUUUCUUAAUGUUCUUAUUGAUGUCCGAGAAGUUGAUGGUAGCAUUAAGGAGCGGCGAGUUGUGGUGACAGUGGGAUGGUCCUUCCAAUGGUGCUACUGUGGCUGGGGACACAGCGGCGGCGGUGGUGGCGGCUGCCCCUUGGUGUGGUGUGGUGGUGAGUGGUGGGUGAGGUGCCUCACAGACACGGCCGGCCUUGGUGGUGGUGCACCGGCCUGGCAGAGAGUGGUGGUGGUGGCAUUGGUGUUGGUGACAGACACACACUGGUGACAAGCUGAGAUGAACCACAGGGAAUAAAACAUGAACCCAAACAUAGAAAGCUAAACAAAUCCAGAAACUUGAAAUGUGGUAAACCAGUAACAGACUGCAGCAUUAGAGUUAAGGCAUAGAUGAAACAAAACAUAGACAAUAAAAGCUUUACUCAGAAACAUAAAGUGUGGAAGAACGGAGAAACAAACUGGAAUGUAUGGAAAAUUAAGACAUAUAUGAAACAAAAUGUAAAGAAAAAGACAGGAAUAAAAAAAAAAUUGACAUCUAAAUAAAAUGAAAAUGUUUGUAUAUUAUAAAAACAACUUGGAGAUUUACAAUACUGAAAUAAACAAUACGUAAGAAAAUUAGAAUAAGUAAACGAAACACGGAGAGAAAAAAAGAAAAGGAAGCAAAACAUAACAAACUAAUUAAUUGGAGAGGAAAAAAUGUCUUGAAAUGUUAAAAAAAGUGUAUAUUGUAAAUGGAGAAUCAGUUUUUUUAGUAUGUUUUUUGUAAAGUGGCGUGUGAACCUCCCUGGUGGUGUGUGACAGACAGUAACGGGAGAGUGAUUGAAAGUUUUUUACCAUUUUUACUCUACCAAACUCUACCAAUUAUUUUCUAUUGUCUAAUGCGUUGGAUGAUGUGCAUAUAUUACAACUACUACUACUACUACUAUUAUUA